AACAGCUGUUAGAAUUAGCAGUUCAUUUAGCAAGUGAAUAUUGCGUAUAUUCCAAGCCGAAAUUAUUUAAUAUCUUACAACAUAAUGGCCCUGCGACGCUGUCACCUGAAUCCGAAGAAAACGCUCUUCCUGUUGUGCGACAUUCAGGAAAAGUUUCGACCGGCUAUGCCGCUCUUUGACAACAUGGUCAAAAACGUCGACAAACUAACUCGGGCGGGAAAGGCUCUAGAUGUUCCGCUGAUUGUAACCGAGCACUAUCCGGAAAAACUGGGCAAAACAGUGGCCCAGCUGGAUGUGAGCCAUGCCAAGCUGGUCUCCGGAAAAACCCUAUUCAGCAUGGUUACUCCCGAAGUCACGGCUGUGAUCAAGGACAUCUUCAGCGACAAGCCGGAGGAUGUCGUGCUGUAUGGCCUCGAGUCCCACAUUUGCGUGGAGCAGACCGCCAUCGAUCUCCUCGAGCAGAACAUCAACGUGUACAUAGUGGCGGACUGCUGCUCCUCUAGGCUGAAACAGGACCGAGAUCUGGCCCUGGAUCGCCUGCGCCAAGCGGGCUGCGUGAUCACCACCAGUGAGAGCGUCAUCUUCGACUUGGUGCGCGACAAGAACAACCCCAAGUUCGAUGUGGUCCGGAAAAUGGUGAACCAGCCCUCGGUGGAUAUGGAACUCACGCGCGACGGCAGCGGAUUGCCGGUGGGAAGUGCCAAGUUGUGAGAAGAGCUGCUCUUGUAAAAAUGUCUGUGUUUGUUAUGAAGCCAAUUGCAUUUAUAAAACCAUCA